ACAAAAAACGAGUUGGCAGAGCCCUUCGCUUAAUUGACAAUUCCAAGCGCCUCGUGCAACAAAAAAAAAACAAAAAUAGAGUUGGAAUUAGUAUCACACAUCAAUCCAAAAUGGUAAAGUCUUCUAAUCCCUUAAACAUCUUGCGCAGUAUCUACAACAAUGAAUUCCAAUGGAUGCUUGUUAAGAGCUAUGGCCUCUUCUUCCUGGGAGUUCGAUUGGCCAAAGAGUUCGUAGGCGUGGAACUGAUGCCAGCGCUGGGACCAGCCUAGUCAUUUAAACCAAAUUGAGUUCGUUUCGUACAAAUAAAAAUGUUAAAGUAA